UUUUACAGACUUUUGAGGAAAUUCCGUUGUACAGUGUCCUGGAACAGAUAAAAGAAAAACACAAUCUGGAGAAAGUCAAGAAGAAACUUGUGAGAAAUGCUGCUUUUGGAAACUUUUUUGGCGUUAUGGCUCUGUUUCAAUCUGGCCGGCUUAUUAAGGACCAGAAAGCUCUGCUGGAGAGCAUCCAGCUUCUCCAGCAGCUGGCACAUCACCAAGCACACCUCAGAGAUCUCCCUCGCAAAACUCUUAUUGACAUCAUGUCUGAGGUUCCUGAACCGGUGUUUGAGGAGGUCCUGUUUGGCAUCGUGCAAAGUGACCUCGCUUCAGCCUUCACAUCUCCAGAAAACCUGCACCUUUUGCUUGUGGGCAUACAGAAAUUCCCUGGUGUUCUGAAACCUAAAAAUCUGAAGAAGCUGUUUGGCUCACCUACUGUUGUAAAUAAGGAAAAUAUUCCCAGACUUGUAGAGCUUCUGCAAAGUGCUGCCAAGUCUGAGAAGAAGGACAAGAAACUGCCAGGUGUAGUGUUUGAUUUGCUGCAAGUUUCCCUGAGGGAAGGUGCCUUUAAACUGUUCUGGGAAGAAGGUGUGGAAAAUGGGCUAUUGAAGGAGAAGUCAGGACCUGUGAGUUACAUGUGCUACCGGUUGCUGGGCAGCGCUCUCCCCUUGUUGUCUCUGGAUCAGCUACAGAUGGUUUUCAAAGGGAAGGUGAUGCAGCACUAUGGAGAACACGUGGUAACGACUCAGCUUCCAGAUCGAUUUAAGUUUGCUCCAGAGAUGGAAGGAUAUAUAGAUGAAUUUCUGAGCAGCUGUGAUGACCCGGAGAGGCAGCUGGCAGUGAUGAUUGGCUUCUCUACUCUCACCAAUCAAGGCUAUCCAGUGUUGUCCAGCUCUUCCAGGAUAGUCAAACACCUGCAGCCAGUGGCAUUGCAAAAUUACAUUGACUGGCUCAAAGACAUGUUCCUCAGGCCAGACUUUGACUGUUGUUUAGACUUCUCAAGUAACCGACAAAAACAGAACCAGGGAAAUGUGAACAUAGCACAAUAUAAGAUUGUUCGAUUAAGAAAAUGGAUCAUCCACCGACUUGCUAACAUCGUUGAAAGUGCAGCGAAAAAAGAAGAGAGCCUUGUGAUGGACAUUUCCAGGUUUUGCUUAUUCCAUGCUUUCUUUGAAACUAAGAAAAAGACUUCCCAAAUACGUGAGGCAAAUGUCCUUCCAUCCAAGCCCAUAGAUGAAGAGGCUCAUUCAGUGGCAGAAAACUACUUCUUUGGGUUACUUCAGACUUUAAACACCUUGACUGUUCUGGGGGAUACAGCAAAGGCUGCAGCCUUGAGGGAGAAGCACAUCCACGGUGUGACUGCAGAUGGGAAGCUGUGGAUCUUUCUCCUUGUUGAGUAUGCUAACAAGCUGCUCUCCAGUGAGCAUGUCAGACCUGUGAAGCCUUUUACCGAGGGACAGAGGGAUGCCUGGGAGAGAACACUUCAGUCUGUGAAGAGUCUGCAGAAGAAGGAAAAUAAAUCAGACAGUGCCAAAGUCAUUGCUUUCCAGCAACUUCUGCUUUUAAUGGCCAUUCAUCUUUUCAAGAAUCAGUCUGAAACGAUGGAUGUUCUGAGUGACCUCCUGAACUGCACGGAGAGGGCAUUCAGCAAAGAACAUAAGAAGAAAAAGACUGACAAUGCAGAGCCAGGAUGGGUUGAGGUGAUGGUGGAGAUCCUUCUCUCCCUCCUUGCCCAGCCCAGUCUACUCAUACGUCGGAUUUCCAAGAGCGUGUUUGUGCGGAUAUGCCCUAACCUGACCAAAAGGGGCUUGCAGCUGAUUCUGGAUGUUCUUGACCCAUACCAAGAGCAAAAUGAAGAAAGUGCUGUUGUUGUGAUGGAAGAAUCAGACAAAAGGAUCAAAUCUGCACGGGACACGGACGAGGAAGGAAGUGAGGACUCCUCAGAUGAAGGUGACACUGAGGAAGAGAAUGACAGUGGAGAUGAUGAAAAGAAUGAAGAAGUUGAUGAAGAUUUUCGCAGUCAGCUGAUGAAUGUUCUCCAAGAAGGGAAUGCAUUGGGAGGAGACGAGAGUGAUGAAGAGCUGGAUGAUGAGGCCAUGAUGGCUCUUGAUAAGAACAUCUCAGCCCUUUUUGCAGAGCAGCAGAAACGGAUCCAGGCAAAGAAGGAUGAGAAAGACAGGAUGCGGAAAGAGAAGAUCCUGCGGAGGGAUUUCAAGAUUAAGGUGCUGGAUUUGAUAGAAGCAUUCCUGAAUAAGCAGUCAGAGAAUCCCUUGGUGUUUGAUGUUAUUGAGCCCCUGCUUCGGGUGAUUGAACAGUGCAUGAGCUCAGACUCUGACAAGCAGGAGGUUGACUUUCUCCAGAAAACAGCCAAUAUCUUCAAGAACUCAUUGUGCCGAACUAAGCAGUACUGCAAGAGAGUAGAUGCCCUGCAAGAAGAUUUGCAUGCUUUCGUGGAGAGGCUUGUGACAAAAGCCUGCAAGCACACUGUCUCUUCAGUGGCUCUUUAUUAUUUCAGUGCCUCAUUAUACCUGCUCAAAGUGUUGAGAGGAAACACAUCCGAUAAGUCAUCAACUCCUCCCCCUCUGCCCGAGAAACAGAGCAACACCAUCCCGCAGGCUUGUCAGCUUUUGAGCACAGGUUGUUUGGACAUGAAGAGGGUGACUGUAAUAUAUCAGCAAGCACUGACACAAUUCUUGACUAAACGGAACAGUGCCCUUACAAGCUCCAUGUUUCAUGAUCUCUUCAAGCGCUUCCCGAUCAUGUGCAAACCAUUAGUAGAUAUUCUUGUCAAGUCUAUCACGGUGGGAGCCAGGCAACAUCAGCAGGCGCAGGCCUGUCUGCUUCUUCAGAAGGUUCUACUACUUCGUGAACUGAAGCUCUUGAUGACAGAGGAGGAGUGGGAGGAAUUGAUCAGAGAAUGCAUCAGCCAAGUUGCAGAGAGUUUGAAAAUGGUUGGCAAGUGUAUUGUGAAGGCUGAUAAAGAGAAAGUUGCCAGGAGCUUGGAGCUGUUGAACAUCCUCCUCAAAACUGUGAUGGAGCAGAACCUACGUGUGAAGUUGACGGAGUUGGACAAAGUGCUGGUAGCUCUGAACCAGUCAGAAGGCCUUGGGAAUUCAGCACGUCUUGACUCUCUCUACUGGAACGUCAUGCGCUGGCUGAAUUAUACGAAGCCCAAGAAAGAGAAGAUGGCCAAUAAGCCUGCGCAGGAAGCAGAACCUCUUAAGCGGAAGAAAAAAGGCUUCCUGCCAGAGACCAAGAAACGCAAGAAUCGCAAGAAAGUCACUCAGGAGAAUGGGGUAGCACCAGUAAGUGAUAGAGAUGGAGAAUCAGCAGCCCCAGAGGAGCAGCUCCCCAGAAGAGAAACACCCAAGCAGAAGAAAGGUAGCAGCAAACACAAGAAUCAGAACAGAGGGGUCAGGGAGAAUGGAGUGGCAGUGACAGGCAGUGGGGAGGAAGCUGUUAAUGGAGGAGAUGCUGUGGCUAACAAGAAGAAGAUGAUUAACAAAAAAAGAAAAGCUGAUGCAGGUAAUGAAGCAGAGCAGGUUUCAGCUGCAAAGAAAACCAAGAGGAGUGUCAACCAGGAGACACAUCAGAAGCAGGGAAAAGCCAAGAAGAAAAGAAAAGAUGCAAAAACUCCACUGCCGCAGGAGUAAACUCCAUGGACUCAUAUGACAUGGCUAGUGUGGCUCAGAGUACUGUUUUAAUAUCUUUCAUAACUAUAGUUUUUAUGCCCUCCAUGAGUUUAAAUAAACCUUCCAUGAUGCUGAGCUCUAAAGCUGUGGGUCUGACUUGUGUGGAGGGUUCAGCUUAGAGCACGGGGAGCUUCAGGAGGUCCCGUACCCUCCACUCUCUCUUCUCUGGCAGGGCCAAACAGCCUGUGCUUGGGAGCACAAACUCUUGUCUCCAUGAUUUUCCAAGGCAGAAGCAAGAGACUUUGUUUGGAUUUCUUGGUGAGUUGCAGUAGGUGUGCUGGCACUGCUGAGUCAAGGCUGGUUUAGAAGUAACCCCUAAAGGUACAUUUCUGUCCUGCCUAGGCCCAGCACUACUCACAGCUUUUCUGGUCUGGGACAUGCUGCUUAUUAAAUGCCUGGAUUUAAAUGGGCUUUCACAUGUGUAUUCGAGGGUCAUAUAUAUACAAUUUGGCCACUCGGGUGUUGUCAUUAACUAUUAUGAUCUGGCUUUUUCUUUGCCUUUUUGUUGCUGGGUGCGGGAGGGGUGAUGACCCCUGUGAUAGCAGAGGGACAUAGAUAAAAAAGUGAAACACUUGUAAUGGUUGACUGAUUUCCUAGUGUGCCAGGCCAGCAGGCUCAGUGCAGCUGCACAAGACACCUGCUAGCAGCAGGCUUACAACAGUCUAUGAAGGUGACUGUGGAACUGCAUCAGUUUAUUUAUCCCCAGGCUCCUGAAUGCUAUCACCUCUCUGGAGAGUGCCAGGACCAGCUUCUCUUGACGUGUUGGGUACCUGGUUCUUGUUGAGAGCUGAGUCUCAAAGUGUUUGAAACCCUUCUUAUGUUGUAGUUGCCUCUAAAGCCUCCCCCUUUCUUUCCUCACCCCCACCAGCUGUGAGCAUCUUGCAGGAGGCCGGAAGGUGUGUGUCGGUGACUGGCCCAGACUCCUCUCCCAGCAUCCGAAGGAGCAGACCCUGUGAAGGCCCAGGCACUCUCCUUCCUGCAGAGGUUUGUGGUGGCUCCUGUCAGAAGCAGGCAGCUGCCAGCAGGCAGGGACCCUGCAGCAGAGCUGUUCCUGCUGUGCCUUGGACGCUCAUCCUGCAGGUGGGUCUGUGCACCAGACAUAGCUAAGAAGCCCUGGAAAUACCAUGUUGCUUUUGGAGGAAGCGAGAGAAGGGCUCAGAGGGCUGUGUUUGCACAUGGCUGUUUAUCUGCCUUUGCAAUGAUUCUUCUCUCAAAUGGCAUAAAGGUCCCUGGGAGACAACGCGUUCAGUUGCCAACCCCUGGGUAGGUGCGGCCCUCAUCUCAUUUCAGUGUCACGGUGGUGAUCUGACCAGGUCUGCUGCACGUCCCGAGGCCUGCGCUGGCCCCUGCUGGCAGCAGGUGAGGGCUGGAGUUGCUGCUCCCACGUGCUGGCAGAGUUCAGCCGGGAGUGUCAUCCUCUCUUGCCCUGCCUUUCGCUCGGUGCCUGCACACUGCCUGCCUCGAGCACUUGAGGGAGGUAGGACUGAGGAGCACUUUGUUGUUGCCUUGGAGGCCGUAGCCCUUGUGUGUCCUGGAUGAGGAGUGGUCAGACUGGAGCUGGACUCUGCAAGUCAAGCACCCUUCGGGUAGUGGCACAAAUAGGGGCAGGAGGCAAAGGGGCGCUUCCAUUUUUUUCAGUGCAGCCCACCGAAAUCAAGAUGGGUGAAUGCUUUCUAAGUCUAGAUUUCUGUUAUGUCUUUCUGAAUAUCCCUCUGACUUCACUUACAGGCUUUCUGUUACUCUGUAAAGGGAGAUAAUUGCUUUAGGUGCUCCCAUUGGUUGUUGAGCUAUUCAGAUCAGCUUUAAAACAAGAAAAACCCAGACGUGCAUAAACAUUUGGCUUAAAUGAGGAGGAGGUUGGGGGAGGAGAGUUAACUAGUUUUCCUGCAUCCUAAGAAGUGUUUAAAACACGAAUUUGAUGGGGACAGAAGCAUUCCCUUUGUCUCAUUGUUUCUGCCUGUUCUAAGCUAUUUUGUUUUUUUUUUUUUACUUAUCUGGAUGCUUUGUGCUUUUUCUUCGUCUAUCCAUCAUCUUAAUUCCUUUAUUUCAUUGGGAGUGUUGCAGAAGGGGAUGUCUUAUUGUGCUGAAGUUUCAGUUCUGCCACAGUUGAGUAUAUUGCAGACUUAGUACUGUGCUUUACUUCCAGGUCUGGAAGUUUUGUUGGUAGCAGUUUAAGGUAACUUUCUUUGCUUGCUUUGAAUGUACUGUACUUUGCUUUUGUUGACUAAACCAUUGGGGUUUUUUGAUAUA